AUGUCAACGGCAUCUGUGACGAAGGAGCUUUCAGGUCAGCUCUCUGUGAGGAAAAAAGAAAAGAAACGAAAACAGAAAAACAAAGAUCAGACGGUCCCGCAGGUGGCUUCAUCGAGCGCGGCUAGUUGCCCGGCAGCAGCAGCGGCACAAGCUGUGGUAGCAUUUCUGAAGCAAAGGGAAAAAGAAGAGGAAAGUCGUCGAGCUGUGGAAGUGGUGGAAGGGGAAAAGGCGAAACCAGCUGAGGAGAGCACCACUGUUGUUGGUGUUGCUGUUGAAAAACGCAGUAAGAAGAAAAAGAAGAAUAAGUCGGCAAGCAAAUCUGCCGCUUUGACUGAGCGAGAUCGAGAAUAUCGAUCGUUUCUCGAGGAUUCUGGUCUGGUUCAGGGAGAGGCUCAUAAGGAGGGCAGGGCUAGGAGUCAGAGUUCCUUUAGGUAUAGUGUGAAAAAGAAAACGGCGAAUCGGAAAUCAAGCGCUGUGCAGGGUGAGGGCGUCUCGGAAGGGGAGGAGGAGGAGGACUCGAGUCAGGGGUCAUCACAGCACUCCUGGGAGCUAAUAGAUCUUCCUUCUCCUGAUACAACUGGGGUGAUGGUGACACCAAUUCGGAAGGUGUCACCAUGUCGAGGGGUCACCACUGAGUUGAAUGAGGGUUCGCCGUCCCUGCGCGCCCCCGUUAUAUGUGUCCUUGGCCAUACUGACGCUGGAAAGACUAAGUUGCUGGAUCGGAUUAGGAGCUCUAAGGUCCAAGAAGGAGAAGCGGGAGGUAUAUCACAGCAUAUAGGCGCUACUAUGCUGCCUCGGGAAACAAUACGGAGUAUGUCGGAAAACGUUGAAGAGGACGCCUUAGAGAUUCCUGGCCUCCUUCUGCUGGACACCCCCGGACAUGAGACUUUCAAUAGCCUAAGGCAUCGUGGAAGCUCGAUAUGCGAUGUGGGAGUGGUCGUGGUUGACAUAAUGCACGGUGUUGAGAAGCAGACUAGGGAGGCUAUAGAGCUACUCAAGGAGCAACGAAGACCCUUUGUUAUCGCUCUCAACAAGAUUGAUCGCCUCUACGGGUGGCGAGCGGCCACUUGUGGAUCAGUUCAAGAGGGGUUGAAGAGGCAAGCGAGUGGUACCAGUGACGAGUUCCACAUGCGCUGGACCAGAGUUAGAGUUCAGUUUGCCGAGCUAGGGCUGAAUACGGGUCUUUAUUGGGAACUUGGUCGUGGCGAAAAAAAGGAUAUUUCGGUGGUGCCGGUGUCAGCACUCACAGGGGAGGGCGUUUCUGAUUUGAUUCUGUUACUGGCGACCUUCUGUCAACGCUUCCUCCCCAACCGGCUAGCAGUGAAACCUGGUCCCCUUAUUUGUCGUGUGUUGGAAGUACGCGAAACUGUGGGAAUGGGAGUCUGUGUGGACGUCAUCCUAGUGCAGGGGAGUUUACAUGAGGGCGAUCACAUCAUUUUGAGAAACAAGAACGACGAAAGGAUAGCGAGCACCAUCAGAGCACUGGUGACGCCGAAACCCUUGGAGGAACUCCGCUUGCAGAGUGUUGGUGCGGUGGCAUACAACUAUCAUCAUACUGUUACAGCGACUACGGCUGUUCGUAUUAGUGGACCCAAUCUUAACAACGUGGGUUGCUCAGGGCCUGUCGGUGCACCUAACACAGUGACGAGUCCUAUGGCUGGUUCGGGUAAUGGAAUUACGAUGAAGUGCUCUUCAAUGGGUGGAGUAGAGGCCCUCACUAAGUUGGUGAAGGAAGUCGUUCGAGCUCCCAUCGGACUGGCAGCGAUCGGCGAUGUCCAUCUAUUGGAUGUUCGGAAAACUUCGUGCGUGUUGGCGAAUCGUGGUAAAUACGGUAUCAUACUGGCGUACGAUGUGAAGGUGAAUCAUGAUGCUCGAGCCGAGGCAGAGAAGCUCGGUGUUCGAAUCAUUGAGAAUGAUGUUAUUUACAAAUUAAUUGAAGAGUUGAAGACCUAUCUGCAGGGAAAAGAAGAGGAUCGACGCAAAGAGGAAGCGGCCAUGGCUGUAUUCCCUUGCGUUGUGACGAUUGUCCCCUCGCUAGUGCUCUCGCGUAAGCCUCCGUUCCACUUUGGUCUCUGUGUGGAAGAGGGCGUGCUGCGGGUUGGCACUCCUCUGUGUGUGGUUGGUCGUAAACAAGUUCAACUUGGCAAAGUUGUGUCGAUGAAAUCGACCAAUGACGAGAAGGCCGUUGAAGAAGCAUCGGCUGGUGACACUGUUAUGGUCCGACUGACAACACCACAGAACAACGUCUGGCUUGGAAACGGUGGAGGCCUCGAUGAAAACAGCAAAAUUGUAUCCUUCAUCACCAGAGAGAGCAUCGACUAUUUAAAAGCUUACCACAAGGACAGUGUUAAACUACAGGACUGGGAGCUAGUGCUCCGUUUGAAGAAGGUGUUUGGGAUAACAUGAUAUUGUACAAGUAGAUACGCUUCAAGUA